AGGAAAUCACAGGUUAGUGUGUGCAAUGCGGAAUGAAGAUGUCCUUCCAAACCAGGAGAAAGCGAUGAAGAUGAGCUCUGCUGGAGUUUCUGGAUGAACAUUUGUCUGCUGAGAUCCUGAUUCUGCUGCUCAGAGCCGUCUGCAGCGUCUCGGAUGUGACGGAGGGGCGGAGCUGACAUGUCAUUCAGAAGUGCAGAGGGCGUGUCCAUCAUGCAGGCCUUGGCCAUGACUGUGGCUGAGAUACCUGUGUUUCUCUAUUCCACCUUUGGACAGUCUAUCUUCUCUCAGCUGAAGUUGAGUCCCAGUCUGAAGAAGGUGCUGUUUGCCACGGCAUUGGGCAGCGUGGCUCUGGCUCUGACGGCUCAUCAGCUGAAGAGACGCGGCCGGAAGAGGAAGCAGACGCUCGGUAAAGAAGCACAGAAGCCUGUGGGGAUCCCAGAACAGCUGCUGCGAUCCAGCCGACCGGCCUCGCUCAAGAGAGGUCCGGUUCCCGCUCGUCAGAUGAUGAGUCCCAGCACGCGCAGUAAUGACACACUCAGCGGGGUUUCAUCAAUCGCACAAAGCAAACACUCAAGUUCUUCACACAGCAUCGCCUCUAUGCGAGUCCCCUCCUCUCCCAACCAAUCAGUGAACGCUGGAGCGGCAUGGGAGGCAGAGCCUGUGGCUGAAGAGCCAGCAGUCGGAGAAGAUGCCAAUGCUGAAAACCUCUAUCUCAUGGGUAUGGAGCUGUUUGAAGAAGCUUUGAGGAAGUGGGAGCUGGCUCUGAACAUCAGGCACAGAUCUCACUCUCGCGCUUCGGCCUCCAACAGUCAGGGAUCAGAGCUUGUGGAGCGACAUUCGCCUGAAGUUCGUAAUCAUCAGUUUGCGGAGAAGCUGGAGACUCUUCUGCACAGAGCUUAUCAUCUGCAGGAGGACUUUGGCAGCACAAUCCCACCUGACAGCCUGCUUGCAGAUCUGGAAAGUGAAGGAACGCUGAUUUUGCCCACUCUGGGAAGUUCACACCCCAUCCAGGACGACGAUGCCACGACGGUCACAUCAGACGACUCGUUUUUCUCUGCCGCUGAGUUGUUUGAGACGUUUUCUCUUGAGGACUCGUUUCAUCUGCUGAAGCCAGCUGCUCUGUAUGAAGAAGCUCUGAGUUUGGUGAAAGAUGGAGACGUGGCCUGCAGAUCACUCAGAACUGAACUGCUGGAGUGUUACAGCGAUCAGGACUUCCUCGCUAAACUGCACUGUGUACGACAGGCAUUCCAGGUGCUGCUGCUGGAUGAAACACACAGAGUGUUCUUCAUGGAAACAGGGAAGCAGAUGAUUUCUGGACUCCUGGUCAAAGCCAACAAGAGUCCGAAGGCGUUUCUGGAGAGUUAUGAAGACAUGCUGCAGUACACACAGAGAGAAGAGACGUGGCCCGUCAGCAAGAUGGAGCUGGAAGGACGAGGGGUUGUCUGUAUGAACUUCUUUGACAUUGUGUUGGACUUUAUCCUUAUGGAUGCGUUUGAGGAUCUGGAAAGUCCUCCGUCUUCAGUGGUCGCAGUUCUGAGGAACCGAUGGCUCUCAGACAGUUUUAAAGAAACGGCAUUGGCUACAGCCUGUUGGUCUGUGCUGAAAGCUAAAAGAAGAUUACUAAUGGUUCCAGACGGUUUUAUUGCACAUUUCUAUGUAAUCUCUGAACACGUGAGUCCGGUUUUGGCCUUUGGGUUUUUGGGCCCGCAGCAGCAUCUCAGUGAGGUGUGCACCAUAUUCAAGCAACAGAUUGUUCAGUAUCUGAAGGACAUGUUUGACCAUGAUAAGGUGCGUUUCACAUCCGUCCCAUCUCUGGCUGAAGACAUCCUUCGCCUGUCCCACAGACGGGCAGAUAUCCUGAUGGGUUACCUGGGCAUCGAAAAUCUACCUGAGACCAAUGGAGCUUUACCCAAGAGCCCAUGCCAAGCCGAAAGCGGGAAUCUGGACGCCAGCGGACAACAAGACUAAGCUUUAAGGUGGCUCUUCAUUUAGCUGUUUAUCAUCAGACCAAUCAAAAGGGUUCGCAGAUUUACAUUCGAGACCUUAGUUUCGUUGAAUAUUCAGAGAGAUCAACCACUACUGAGGUCAACCGAGGCCUUUUCUUCAGCUCUUUCUGCAAACUUUCCACCGAGAUAUCAAACGUUUGCCACCGUAAUCCAGCGCUGCUAUUUAUCCACCUUAAUUUUAUCAGGAAGACUCCAUCAUAACCCGAAUAAACUGAAUAAAACUCAUCUUUUAGCCAAAUUUCGUUGUCGACUCGUUAACCUUAUUAACCGAUGCCUCUUACGUAGAAUCGCUAUUGUUGGUUUUAAGGGACGGUUUGCGAGUUAUUGUGUGUAAAUGUGUGUUGUUAAGCGUUUAUGCUUGUGCCAGUGGCCAAAAAAAGCUUGUACUGAAUCGUGGGUAGCACUGAACACAAUGAAAAGGGAGAUUUUAAAGGGAUAGUUCACCUAAAAAUGAAAAUUCUGUCAUCAUUUAUUUGCUGUAGGCCUGUUUGUGUUUCAUUCUUCUGUUGAACACAUGGGAAGGUCUGAUCUAAAGCAGCCAUAGACUUCCAUAGUAUUUUAUGGUUGUUAAUUGCUGCUUUUUUUUUUCAAACAUUUUUCAGAGUAUCUCCUUUUGACUUUGUUCAACAGAGGAAAGAAGUUCAUAAAAGUUGAGAACCACUUAACAUUAACAUUUUUGAGUGAACUGUCCCUUAUAGGCAGAUCUGCAGCAUACAGUACAUUCGGCAGUCUGAGGGUUUCAUUGAGAGAUUCACACAGGAAGUGCAUCAUAGAAGGGUAAAACAGGAUGUCGUGGUCCAGAUCGCAUUAGUUCAGCUCAUUUGUGUCCUCUGAGCCUUUGUGGUUUGUUCUUUUGGUUUAGUUUUUUAUUUUUGAGGAGAUGCUGCAUUUAAUCUUACUCUCACCCUCACAAUAUAUCAGUGUUCAUCAGAGCACAAUUCUCAAAUAUGUAACACACACACACACACACACACACACACACACACACACACACAUUUGCUAGUGCUGUCGAAUGAUUAUUCAGGAUUAAUUGCAUCUAAGAAAAGUUUAUAUUUUCAUAAUGUAUACAUGUGUACUGUGUAUAUUUAAGUAUAUAUGUAUAAAU